AUGGUAGAGCAACCAAUUCUCCACAAUACGACAACAGACAUUGGCAAAGUAUCGAUGACAACAACUGCUACCGAUCCAGAUACAACAAUGACAAAAGACACAUCAGCAAAUACUCAGACAACCACCGAACAACAACAAUCACAGCAUGAAGCAAACGGCGGCGGCGGUACAUCAUCAGAUUUGACGACGACACAACGGCGAGAAACCAUGCCCACCAAAACAAAAAAGAAAUUCGUGGUCGGCCUCGAUGAUGGUCUUGAUUCCGAUUCACCCGAUUUGCCGAUAUACUCGUCUGAUGGAUCAUCGAAUUCUCAUGUUCACGGGUAUCGAUCCUUGUCGGCCACCAUGUCUCGCACUCAACAGAAACUCAUGUUGAUGAGGCAACACUUUCUGGCCGAUGACGAGAAUUAUCUAAAUCAUCCUCGCAAUCAAGUUAAAUUGACCAAGGUGAUGGAGAGAAUUAAUAGAGAGCACGAUUCUAUUACAAUGUUUAGGGAUCCGGUGAUUGAGAGUUUGCAGAGAGUGUUUACAAAGUAUGCUCAUGAUCAUCCGGAAGUGUUGGAUGAUGAUUUCGGAGCAGGGUAUAACGGGAAGGACUGGCUUGAUGGUGAUAGGGACAAAGAAAAUGAUGGGUUGGCUGACGGGUCGGGGUAUAAUAGUAUAAGAUAA